CUGAUCACUUGCUGCUCCAGUUCAUGCUGUCACCACAUCUGCCUGUCAUCAUCGCUGGAACCACAACGCUCACCUCUAAACUACUGCCAUCAUGGUGUACUGGGCACUGAUGCUUGUUGUUGUCAUCAUGGAAUGUGUUUGUGGGAAACCUCCGCUACCUCCUCUGCCUAUGAAAGAUGGCUGCUACGUGAUUUCUCCGGAGGUGGAGAUAUUCAGAGUGGAGGGCGAGGCUGUGAUUCUCUACUUCCCAAUGUUCAUGAGAGUUCUGAAAGUACGCAACAUUGCCCCUCCGACAGCCAAGUACUUCAUCAGUAAGGACAAUGGGACAGCGGGCGUGGAGUAUCAGGGCGAGGGACGUGUCCAGCAGCAUGACAAACAGCUGUGGUUCCUCCCAGCUCAGGCUUCAGACUCGGGGGAAUACACCUGCACCUACAGAAAUGAAACCUACUGUGUAACUGGGAGCAUCACGCUACAAGUGUAUGAAUCCACUUCUGUUGACAUGAAAAAAUUGUCCUAUCCAUUGUUGGCCACAGUGGGAGAAAAGCAGAGAUUCGAGUGUCCUUCCCUAAGUUACUUCAACAGCACAGACAGCCUUAUAGAGUGGUACAAGGACUCCAGCACCACAGCUCUCCAGCCAGGCAGAGCAGGUUCCUCCCAUUGGGACGAAGGAAAGCUAGUGAUCCCUGCUGUGAGGCGAUCCCAUGCAGGUGUUUACACCUGCCAACUCAGAGUGCUCAUCAACAACCAGCCAUACAAAGUCAGCAGAGCCUUCCAGCUAAACGUGCAAGGCCAAGACCCCGAAAUCACCACCACAACCUCUGUGCCGGACCUCUCCGAGACCUCUGACACGACGUUCCUCAGCAGCACCUACAGCACUGCUCACACUCCACUCGUACUGCCACCUGUGAUUGUCUCACCUCUAAAUGGAACCACAUUUGAAAGUUCUCAUGGCUCAGGACUGGAGCUGUUCUGCACAGUGCUCACUGAGUGUCCAAUGGCUGAGUCCACUGUGGUCACAUGGCUGGUGAAUGACCAAUCAGUGGAGACAUCGUACCUGGACAGACGGGCUCUACAGGGAGGAAGAAGGGUAACCAGGGUGUAUGGAGGCUGCCAGAUUGAGAUGAGGCUAUUCAUUACGAUGAUAACAGAAGAAGAUGUGGAGACACAGCUGAAGUGCGUCACACAGAACACGGGAGGGAGACAGGAAGCUGUUGUCCAGCUUCAACUAGAGGACUCUACGUUCACGUGGCUGGUUGUAGCGGCGGUUGCGGUGUCCUGCUUCCUGGCGGUGGUUUCUAUUUUCCUUUACGUCCUCUUCAAACCCAAAAAGAACAAGAAAAUGGAUUACAUUCUGGCUCGGCAGAACAGCACCUUCAGCUGUUAGUGUACACGCUCCCGCCACAACCAAAAACCUCCUUUUAUGCAAUGUUCGCAUGUGGUUUCAUGCAGUGGUGACACAAUGUCAUGCUUGGUGUUAACACUUACGAUAUCAUGUUAAAGCAGCACUUGAAGGCAUUUGGUUUAUUUACACAGUUGCUGCAGUUUCCAUGCAUCUGUUGUCCUGUAGUGACAGAAAUAUCCUGCCUGACUGUUACACUGAAGUACUCCAUCUCAAACAUACACUCAGAGGCCACUUUAUUAGGUACGGCUGUAAAAUCCAAUUUAGCAGCUCAGCUCCAAACUCUUGCAUGUUUAGUUCCAAUCACUGAAAUAAUUAAUAUGUGUUUAUGUGUUUCUGGAGUGCAUCACACUGAAUGUAGUUUUUAAUAGUCUUUUACCUUUAUAUUUGUCAAUGGCAUCAAGUCUGCUUGAAUUUUUUUAGUAAGCGUAAUUAAAAGAACAGUGUUGAUGUCCACAUGUACGGUACUUUUAAAAGGUAAAAGUAUUUUACAGAAAAACUGCUGUAGUGGACAGAUAGAUAGAUAGAUAG